CAGGAAACACUCACUCUGCAUUUGCUCAAGGGCACGUCAACGGCUCCAAACCCUCAACAGUCUGCUCCAGCACAGACAUGUCCUCCACCAGUGAAAGGAGCUCUGAGGAGACGUUCCUAUGCUCCAUCUGUCUGGAGGUGUUCUCUGAGCCAGUGUCCACUCCAUGUGGACACAACUUCUGCCGACGCUGCAUCUCUCAGGUCUGGGACACUGAUGGGCCCUGCACAUGUCCUCUGUGUAAAGAGGUGUUCCACAGCAGACCACAGCUCAAGGUCAACACGCUCCUGAAGGAGGUGGUUUCAGGGUGUAACCUGGACAAGAACAAGAGCAAAUCUAUGGAUGAGAACCUCGUCUUUAAAGAGGUCCAGUGUGACGUGUGCUCUGAGCCCAAGCUGAAGGCCCUCAAGUCCUGCCUGGUGUGUCUGUCCUCCUUCUGUGAGAGCCACCUCCAGCCUCAUCUCACAGUCUCUGGGCUGAAAAGACACCAGCUGAUGGAGCCUGUGGAGAACCUGGAAGACAGAAUGUGUCCCACACACCAGCGCCCCCUGGAGCUCUACUGUGCCACUGAUGAGAAGUGCAUUUGUGUGAUGUGCUCUGUUCUGGAGCACAAGAACCAUGAGCUGUUGUCUCUGGAGGAGGCGUGUGAGCGCAGGAGGUCCUCUCAGCUGCAGACUCAGCAGAGGAGGCAGAAGAUCCAGGAGAUCCAGAGCCUCCUGGAGCUGAGUGAGACAGAGGCCCUCAGAGAGAGGGCUGUGGGGCUGCAGGCCUUCACUGCUCUCAUGCAGUCUGUUCAGAGGCGUAUGGACCUCUUCUUAGAGGAGCUCCAGGAGAAGCAGAGCCGGAGCCACAGACAAGCCCAGGAUCUGGUGCAGCGGCUGGAGCAGGAGAUCUGUGAUCUGGAGCAGAGCGGCGCUGAGGCCGAACGUCUCUCACGCUCUCUUGACCCCCUCCACUUUCUACAGCGCUGCCCUGCACUCACGCCCCCUGCUGGGCUUAAGAAGUGGAGCAGCGUGAGCUUUGAGCUGGAGACGUAUGAGGGCAGUGUGACCCGAGCACUGUAUGAGCUGGAGAACAGUCUCUCUCAGGAGUUUAACAAACACUUUCAAGAACUGGCCUCAGAGUUUAACAAAGCUGAGCUGAGGAGAGUGCAGCAGUAUGCGGUGGAGGUGACUCUGGAUCCAGACACGGCUCAGCCUAAUCUCGCUCUGUCUGAAGAUCUCAAACAGGUUCAUCUCACUGAUGUGAAGAAGCAGCUCCCAGAUUCUCCUCUGAGGUUUUAUCAAAGUCCUUGUGUUUUAGGAAAACAGAGUUUCUCUUCAGGCAGUUUUUACUUUGAGGUUCAGGUCAAAGGGAAAACAGAGUGGGAUUUAGGAGUGGCCCAAGAGUCCAUCAACAGGAAGGGAAAGAUCACUGCAGCACCUGAAUAUGGACUGUGGGCCAUCGCCUUAAGAAACAAAGAUGAGUACAUCGCUGGUACUUCUCCUCCUAUCCCUCUGUUUCCUCAGAGAGCUCCUCAGAAGGUGGGGGUGUUUGUGGACUAUGAAAAGGGUCUGGUCUCCUUUUAUGAUCCCUAUUCUGCAGAUCUCCUAUUCUCCUUCACAAACUGCUGCUUCAGGGAGAAGCUGUUUCCAUAUUUCGGUCCAUGUUUGAAUAAAGGAGGAUCAAACUCUGCUCCUCUGGUCCUCACUGCAGUGGAGACUUUGAGCAGUGACAAAGUACAAAAGUAAAAGUAAUGCACUUCAAGAGGAGUAUUACAC